UGUACCUGCAACCCUGGAUGGACUGGACAGAACUGUCAGCAAGACCUAAAUGAAUGUGAUGGAAAGCCAUGUAAACAUGGACGCUGUGUGAACAAAGAUGGCGGAUACAAAUGUACCUGCAACCCUGGAUGGACUGGACAGAACUGUCAGCAAGACCUGAAUGAAUGUACCAGGAACCCAUGCCUACAUGGACGCUGUGUGAACAAAGAUGGCGGAUACAACUGUGCCUGCAACCCAGGAUGGACUGGACACAGCUGUCAUCUAGCCAAACCAUGUCCUGCGGGGUGGAAAGGAUAUGAGAACCACUGCUACAAGUUGAUGAGAGACAAAGUCAAAUGGGGAAAAGCAAAGAAACGAUGUGAACAACUCGGUGCAAAUCUGGCGUCUAUCACAAGCUAUGGCGAGGCUAACUUCGUCAACACUAUCAUCACUGGCGCUCCUGUAGGGAAGUGGGGUAUUCAUCUCGUCUGGUUUGGACUGCAUCGUAAUGAUGGAUUCCGUAAGUUUACGGAUGGGUCACAGGUAUACUACAAAAACUGGGAGCCGGGUCAGCCCAACAACAAACGCGACAUCUGGGCGGGACAGAACUGCGUCGGCAUGUACUCAAAGACUGGCAUGGGCUAUGGCGGCCAUCUUUUCGCGUUCGAUCAUGUCAAAAAGGGACGGUGGAAUGAUGACCAGUGCUACCGUCACUAUCCCUUCAUCUGCAAGCGUCAAAAAUGACAAUGCUACAUUCUUUCCCAGCGAAACCUUGUCUCUACAAACAAGGCAGGUGGACGGGACAAAUGAAGAAA